CCUGCAUGCAAAUUGACUGCCAUGUUUCGUGAACUACACCAUUCAAAACACAUUCCAACGUUUCAAAAUAUAUUUCAGUGGUUGGAAAACACUUUAGAAAAUCCUGAGAAUCUAAAUCUGAAACUUCGAGAAGCUGAGCAGCAACGACUGAGACAGGAGGAGCUUGAGCGUCAGAAACAGGCAGAAAGCCGGGAACGAGUACGGAAGCUGAACUGCAUUCAGGCAGAGGUGUUGCAUUUGAAUAUGCAGAUUGAGCCAUACUUCAAGCAAAAGGAGCUGGUGGGGCUGGACCUUUCAGGAUACAGUAACCGCGGCAAUCAGCUGUGUAGCCUGGUGUCAGGAGUGAUUAAGCUCACAUCAGAGGGUGGAGUGCCACUUCAGGAGGACAUUCUGAAUGCGGAGAGAGCUUUGAUGCAAAUGCGAGAGCUGAUCGCUGACAUGCAUGAGAAAAUUGCUGCAGCAGCUGCUGAGAAGAAGAGGAUAAAGGAGGAAGAGGAGAAAGCACUUCAGAAAAAGCAAGAAGUCAAAGCUGAAGUAGAAAAGCCAGUGCCACAAGAGAAAACCACUCGUAAAGAAGGGCUACAGAUAAAAGCAGAUGCAAGCAGUAUGCAGUGGUAUCAACAUUUGCAGGAUAUUUGUGACCAAUGUGCAGCAUCCAUUAACGAUCUUAACAACAGUAAGGAUUCUAAG